CGUGGGGCGUGGCCUGCGUCACUGAGGUGCGACCGGGGCGCCUAUCGCGCCGCCGCCGCCUAGCGGGUCCGAGCGGCAGCUGAGGCGGCUCGGAUCGCGAUGCCUUGAACCUGGGCACCAGGAUCCUUCCCAUUUUGGACACUUUCUGAAACCUCUGCCUAGAAUGUCCUCUCACCAUGCCUCUACUCUUUGUCUCUUGCAAAGUCUGACCAUCUUUCUGGACCCAAAUCAAAUGUUCGUCCAGGGAUUUCUUUCCUGACACAAGACUAGAAACUAUGUGAAGUGGUACUCUUUCUGAAUUCUAAAAGACAUCAUUUCAUCAUGGGACAGCAAAUUUCGGAUCAGACACAGUUGGUUAUUAACAAGUUACCGGAAAAAGUAGCAAAACACGUCGCAUUGGUUCGAGAGAGUGGCUCCUUAACUUAUGAGGAAUUCCUUGGGCGAGUGGCUGAACUUAAUGAUGUAACUGCUAAGGUGGCUGCUGGCCAGGAAAAACAUCUUCUUUUUGAGGUACAACCUGGGUCUGAUUCCUCUGCCUUUUGGAAAGUGGUUGUACGGGUUGUGUGUACCAAGAUUAACAAAAGCAGUGGUGUUGUGGAAGCUUCUCGAAUCAUGAAUUUAUACCAGUUUAUUCAACUUUAUAAAGACAUCACAAGUCAAGCUGCUGGAGUAUUGGCUCAGAGCUCUACUUCUGAAGAACCGGAUGAAAACUCAUCCUCUGUUUCAUCUUGUCAGGCUAGUCUUUGGAUGGGCAGGGUGAAGCAGCUGACCGAUGAGGAGGAGUGCUGCAUCUGCAUGGAUGGGCGCGCUGACCUCAUCCUGCCUUGUGCUCACAGCUUUUGUCAGAAGUGUAUUGAUAAAUGGAGUGAUCGACACAGGAAUUGCCCCAUUUGUCGCCUACAGAUGACUGGAGCAAAUGAGUCCUGGGUGGUGUCAGACGCACCCACUGAAGAUGACAUGGCUAACUAUAUUCUCAACAUGGCUGACGAGGCAGGCCAGCCCCACAGGCCGUGACUUUGUGGGAAAGACUUUGAUUUGCUAUUGUGAGCUACGCAUGCAUUGUGGUGAUAGAGGAGGAAUGGAGGGACAUUGUGGCACACGCACAGAAAAAUCCGUAUUUUCCAUCCUCUUAUUUUUGCUAUACUGAAAUGUCCCGUUUUUAAAUAAACUUCCAAUGUCUUCCAUUUAUGAUAAACUAAAAGUUGCUACUGUACUGUUUUAGGCCGUAUUUUCCUAUUGUUUAUCUGUUCUAAUGUAUAUUAGAACUAAUUGCUCUUGAAUCCUUUGCUAACAGAUAAUAGCAAUAUUUCCAGAGACUUGGAACACUGCAGUUUUUCAGGGAGGAAGUAUUCUGGAAUCUUUUUAGGUAGAUUUAAAGUAAGUUUUAGAUGUUGAAAAGUUGUAAAAUUUUAAAUGACAAAAAACAUUGUAGACUGCACCUAAGUGUGUUACUACUUAAAAACCAGUCUUUCUGCUGGAACCUAAGGAGUGUGAGUUCUGCCCCCUUGUGGUUAAUUACAGCUCCUUUAAUAGUGUUUACUUGAUAUGACCCAUAGUUACUUCAUAACUUUAUAUAAAAGUUAAGCAAUGUGUUUUGGAACUACAUGCUUUUUGCCUAAGUCUUUUUAUUUCUUGCCAUACUGUAUAACUUCGGGAAGGACUGUAAAGUUGGGGCUUUACUUUGUAAAUAGACUCUACUGCAAGAAUCUUCUUGGCUGUUCUAGAAAUGUAUUUCCAAAUCCAGGUAAUUUUUAGUUAUCUUUUCAUAAUGCCCAGACAGCUUGGAUUUUUAUAAGAUUUUUCUUUAUCACAGAUACCACAUCUUAUAUUUCCAAAUUGCAAGUCAUCCAGUGCUGAUUUAUAAUGCUUUUAGUUUCAGGUAAAGGCAUCUUUCUGAGGCUUCAGUAUCCUCAUAUUUCUUAUAUUAAAAGAAAGAAAAUGAAGGUGGAGCUUUUUCACCCUUUAUAUGUGGAACUCCUAAGUACUUGAGACCAGUCUGGCUUUCUUACUGUUGUGCUGCGCUUCCUUCUGUCUCUGAAAAGAGCACAGGGUUAUGACCCUGCAUAGCCCUCGGCCAUUUUAUGGCUUAUGAAGUAAAAACUUCAAUGUUAACAUUUCAAUAUUAACAUUUUGGCCUGUAAUAAAAUUAGGCAUGAAGUCACCUUUUUUAAAAAAGGCAUUUUAGCAUUCCAUGGAAAUUUUCUGACCGAUUAUUGACAAGUUGCAAAUGUUACUGUUUUCCUAAGCACAAAGGAACACAAUUUAAUUUGCUGCUUAUUGAUGACAGAAAUUUUUUUAGUAUUAACAUUUUCUGUUUAUUUGUUUUUGUUUUGUUUUGAGAUAAGGUUUCCCUGUAGCCCCAGCUGACCUUGAACUCACAGUGCUGGGAUCAAAGGCCACCAUGCCAGGAGAGCAUUAACAUUUUAAUGGGCAUGCAAAUAAAAUCCAUUUCAAGUACAAGAAAGUGACUUGCUUAGUAUUGAAGACUGAGUAGUCAUGAAGGGGGCAGUCAUGAAAGGGACAGGAAGCAGCAGAUAACUAAGUGCUCUCUACACUGGGUGUUUAAGCUAAUAGGGAGCUGGCUUUCUGUCUUUAUCACCUGGUUCUGAUUGGCUUUGUGACCUUGAGAGAAUCUCUUACCUCAUGUCUGUAGGUGUCUACUAGAGACAGUAAGAUUGAAUUUAUGGUUUCCACACUGUUUAGCAAUGGGACUUUUUUUUUCCAAGUAAACUUGAGAGUCCACGUACACUUGAGUACAUGCAUACAAACUACCUUGUGAUAUAGAAACUACAUUUUAUGAAUACAAAUCUCCUUACAUAAACUUCAUAUACUGUGAUGACUGUAAAGUCAGUGAAAUUAAAACAAUACAAUGGUGACACAUAGUUUUAUUAGAAUUUAGUGAGUAACAAACUUGUGUGAUGGGAAGUUUUUGUUUUGCAAAAGAAAUUUAAUUCAGGGCUGGAGAUACCGCUCCUCUGGCAGUGCCUGUUUGGCAUCCAUGGCAUGCACGAUGCCCUGGGUUCAAUCCCCAGAAACACAUAAAAAUUAGCACUCCUGGUGGGACACACCAGUAAUCUCAGGGUUUGAGAGAUGUGUGCGGGAGAAUCAGAGGUUCAAGGUGAUCCUCAAUCACAUAGCAAUUUCAAGGCCAGCCUGGGCUAUAUUGAGACCAUUUCAAAAAAAAUUUUUUUUAAUUGAAAUUUGCGGAUUAAUAAUCUCUCCCAUAUCAUCCCAUGGAACAUAUUUUGAAAACCUUGGGACAUGUUUGACACGUUUUCCAGUUCAAAAAUUGUAGAGUGUCCUUUUGGAUUAGACUUGCUGAGUUUAAUUCAAGUUGCCUAAUUUAAAAUGUUUCUGAAAACACACAAGGUAGCUCUAUGGGCUUGGGAUCUUUCCAGCAAUAGCCAGUGAUGUUAUUCCCCAGAACCCUUCCUUCACCUUUGAAUGGAUUGUUUAGCAGUGCGUCCACUGGCUUGAUAGUAGCCACACCCCUUUCUUAUAAUAUGACCUCCAAGACACUUAACUGACCUACUGUGAAGUGUAAAACAGGGUGAUAGUUCUUCAGAUGUGAAUGGUGGGUUCUGCUGUACUAUCUAAUCAUGAAAGUUGUAAAUUUGUCUCGUGAAUAAAAUGUACAUGUUUUCUAUUCUGUACAGCUUUGUGUUUUUAAAAUAUUAAGUACUUAAUUGUAUUUACUCUGCUAGGAAAUAACGUGUGCCUUCUAAGAUUUGUGAAAUGGUCUCUUGCUUUGAGGAAUUUAAGUUACACUGUUUGCACUAUCCUAACUCACUAACAGCGAGUUGGCUCAUAAUGCUGUAGAAUUUUAUUUUUAGAAAAUAAGUUUGACUAUGUGCUGAGUUAGAGGCUGAGAAUAGUGGUGUCUAAUUCUUAGGAGAAACUGGUCAAUUGUGCAAUAAGUAAACUUUGCAAGUAAACUUUAGCUAAUUGAAAACACUUUAUGUGAUUUCACAUUCUUAUACACUAAAUGUUUAUAUGAAUUAGAGGACUGUUUUAUAUUGUGCUCCGGGAAGUUGUGAUAUUUGUGUGCUAUGUUUGAGAUUCAUUUCAAAUUGGGCCUGAUUUCCUUAUAUCUAAUACGUAUCUGGAUAAUAAGGCUACUUGGAAAUCUUUUGGUUCAAUGAUUUUUAACAUUGGGCAGUUGGGUUCAUUAAAGAUCAUCUGAAGAA